CAAGCAUCGACGGAUGAGCAUUUACUGAGGUUAUCAGAUCAGCUGUCGAGUGCCAUCCGUUAUGGUAUCAUGAAGGAAGCAUGGAGUGGUUUUUAUAGUGGUGUUAUAACAUAUGGAGGGUAUUUGUUGGAGAUGGAUAUUAUAAGGAAACAUGGAAAUAUAUUCAUUGCCGUACUCUCAAUGACUCUGGUCGCUAACACGGCUGGUGCGAUAAUUUCACAAUGGAGCGCAUUUGACGAUGGAUUAUUUGCCUCAAUGUUCAUUAUGAAUGUGAAUGACUCAGAGCUGGAUAAGAAACGUUCUGAAUCAUUUAAAACUGACCGAACGGCGAGAAAUGCAAACGAGAAUAGUGUUCUGUCAUCGAGCAAAGCCGCCAGCAUUGUAGAGAAUUCGUCAACCGCUCAAAGCGAUUGUAGUGAUCAGCAUCGGAAUGUCAGAUUUUUUAUGAGUGGUACGAAUAAAGUUCUGAAAAACAACCGUCAUGACAGAUUGUUGCUUGCACUCGGAAUAUUUCUGGCAAUCCUGCAUGGUCUCGAAUUACCGGCGUACAACAUAUUAAUGGGUCGGGUGUUCGCGGCAAUGCGUGAACCGAGACACGAUAUGAUCCAUCGUUUGUUCGUUACAAUGGUCAUGUUCACUUGUGUUGGCUUCAUCAUUCUGGUUGUAAAAACCGUUUCGGUUCGUGAAUUCUGCUUUAUUGUAUUGUCAGAAACGCUUUCGUUUUUAUUACCAUCAUUUCUAAGAGGACGUUUUAAUUAA